UAUGGGUCCAGACACUCUCACUCACCAUGCCCAUUAUAAUAUUGCAAAACCAAUUGCUAUUUAACAAGUUACAAUCUGUGCAUGUGUGUUAUUAUGUUCUUGCAUGUCUAAUGACCACUGUGCCUUGAUUCUGAUUCAAGGUUAUAAUGGGUUUCUUGGAUUUCAACAAUCCUGUCAGAAACAGAACCUUGAUGUUAUGUUUUGUGCUACAUUUGAUGCUUUAUUUGUUGAUAUCAUGUGAUUUUGUUGUGAGCAAGGAGUGUACUAAUGCUUUUCUUCCCACACUUUCAUCACACACACUUAGAUAUGAGUUGCAAAUAACAAAUAAUCGGACGUGGGUAAAUGAGAUGUUUUCGCUUUACUAUCUUGAUCAUAGCUCUCCUUGGGCUAAUGUGAUUCCUGGGAAGGUUUUGAGGGGGGAUGAUGAACUUGGUUGGAAUUCCAUGCGUGAGAAGAUGCUUGGUUCAAGUGGAUUCCGUGUUCCUCAUUCUCUUCUCAAGGAAUUGUCGUUGCAUAAUGUGAGAUUGGACAGGGACUCGAUUCAUGGCCGGGCUCAGCAGACGAACUUGGAUUAUUUGUUGAUGUUGGAUGUUGAUAGAUUGGUUUGGAGCUUUAGGAAGACUGCUAAUUUGCCAACUCCAGGUGCUCCUUAUGGAGGUUGGGAGGCCCCAAAUAUCGAUAUUCGAGGGCACUUUGUAGGACAUUUCUUGAGCGCUUCAGCACAAAUGUGGGCUAGUACUCACAACGACGCUCUGAAAGAGAAGAUGUCUGCGGUGGUUCUUGCUCUAUUCGACUGUCAGAACAAAAUGGGAACUGGCUACCUUUCUGCUUUCCCUUCUGAACUAUUUGAUCGAUUUGAGGCUAUAAAACCUGUGUGGGCGCCAUAUUACACCAUUCACAAGAUAAUGGCAGGUCUGUUAGAUCAGUAUUUAUUUGCUUCUGAUGCUCGAGCUUUGGGUAUGGUGACAUGGAUGGCUGAUUACUUCUACAAUCGCGUAAGAAAUGUGAUUUUGAAGUACACCGUAGAGAGACACUGGCAGUCACUGAAUGAAGAAACGGGUGGCAUGAAUGAUGUCCUGUAUAAACUCUAUGACGUAACAAAAAAUUCUUCGCAUUUGUUGUUGGCUCACCUCUUCGACAAACCCUGCUUUUUAGGUAUACUUGCUGUACAGGCUGACGAUAUAUCGGGGUUUCACUCAAACACACACAUUCCAGUUGUCAUCGGUUCUCAACAGAGAUAUGAAAUUACAGGCGAUCCACUUUACAGGGAAAUAGGGAGGUUUUUUUUGGAUGUUGUGAAUUCUUCUCAUGCAUAUGCCACCGGAGGGACAUCAGAAUCUGAGUUCUGGCAAGAACCAAAUCGUUUAGCAAAUUAUCUACAAACUGAGACUGAAGAGUCUUGUACAACCUAUAAUAUGCUAAAGGUUGCACGCCACUUAUUUAGGUGGACUAAAGAUACAGUGUACGCGGAUUAUUAUGAACGAGCUUUUACAAAUGGAGUACUCAGUAUUCAAAGAGGAACAGAACCUGGAGUGAUGAUUUAUACACUACCAUUAGGCCAUGGUCAGUCCAAGGCGGUAAGCCAGCAUGGAUGGGGAACAAAGGAUAAUAGUUUCUGGUGCUGCUAUGGAACAGGAAUUGAAUCAUUCUCAAAGUUAGGAGAUUCGAUAUACUUUGAAGAAGAGGGACAAGUUCCAGGCAUUUACGUUAUUCAGUACAUAUCAAGCUCAGUUUACUGGGUAUCUGGGGAUGUUUUGCUAGUUCAAAAAGUAAUGCCUGUUGUAUCAUGGGACAAUCACCUUCAUGUGACCUUAACGGUUUCCCCAAGACAGACAGAAGCCAAGCGGUCAACAUUAAACUUGAGAAUGCCGAUAUGGACAUAUUUAGAUGGUGCCACGGCAACAUUGAAUAAAAAACAAUUGCCUCUUCCUAGUCCAGGUAGUUUCUUGUCAGUAACUCGAAAGUGGAGAACUAAUGACAUUAUCUCUCUGACACUACCAAUGAGCAUCCGAACAGAGGCCAUCAAAGAUGAUCGGCCUGAAUAUUCCCAUGACAAAGCAAUUUUAUAUGGCCCGUAUCUUCUUGUUGGUUUGAGCGAUGGUGAUUAUCAUCUAAAUCCAAAACCAGCUGAUCCUCCCUCAGGAUGGAUGACUCCAGUUCCAGCUGAAUACAAUUCACAUUUAAUUUCGCUUACCAGAGAGUCUGAAGACUCAACACUCAGUCUCAAAAAAAAUAAAACCAGCAUUGUACUAGAUCAUUUACCUGAGCCAGGGGCAAACCAUUCCGUCCAUGCCACUUUUAGAAUUGUCACCAAGGACAGAUACCUGAACAAUUUUACGACAAGAGAGAUCAUGGGGAGAGCAGUUAUGCUAGAGCCAUUUGAUCAUCCAGGCAUGGUUCUUAUGCACAAUGGCGAAAAUGAGAACCUUGAGGUGCAACCUGACUCAGAUCAUAGUUACUCAGUUUUUCGUUUCGUUGAGGGACUGGACUACAAGGAAGGGUCUGUUUCGUUAGAAUCUAGCAGCCAUAAGAGCUGUUUUGUGUAUAGUGAGCAUGAAAUAGGUGCAGCUGUGAAGCUCAAGUGUUGUUUAAAGUCAUUGGACAAGAGGUUCAAAGAGGCAGCUAGCUUUAGAGUGAGAGAAGGAGUUAGCAAAUAUGAUCCUAUUAGCUUUACAGCCAAAGGGAGCACAAGGAACUUUCUUAUGCAACCAAUACUUAGCAUUAGAGAUGAAAAUUACAAUGUGUAUUUCAGUAUCUAAUUCAGAUCAAUAUAACUGUUAAAUUGUGAUUUA